AUGCCAACGCUCCAGCAAGGACCUGUUGCCUCCCUGGAGACCCUGGACGUUAGAGAAACACUGUGGCUUAUGGGGCUGGGGCUGGGGCUGGGGCUGGCGCUGGGCGGGCCGGAGAGCGGGGCCCAGCCCGGGACCCAGACCCAAAGUCCCGUCCGGACCCUCCAGCUGGAGACUCUGGUGGAGCCCCCCGAGCCGUGCGCCGAGCCCGCCGCCCUGGGCGACACGCUGCACAUCCACUACACGGGCAGCCUGGCCGACGGGCGCGUCAUUGACACCUCUCUGACCCGGGACCCGCUGGUCAUCGAGCUGGGGCAGAAGCAGGUGAUCCCCGGCCUGGAGCAGAGUCUGCUGGACAUGUGUGUAGGGGAGAAGCGCAGGGCGACGAUCCCCCCUCACCUGGCCUAUGGGAAGAGAGGAUUCCCUCCCUCCAUUCCAGGGGAUGCCGUGCUCCAGUUUGAGGUGGAGCUCAUCGCCCUGGUCCGAGCCAGCUACUGGCAGAAAGUAGCCAAGCGGGUGCUGCCCUUGGUCGGCAUCGGCCUGGUGCCAGCCCUCCUGGGCCUCAUCGGCUACCACCUGUACCACAAAGCCAGCAGCCCCAAAGUGUCCAAGAGGAAACUCAAGGAGGAGAAGAGAAGCAAAAGCAAAAAGAAAUAAACUCUUUCAUCUCCAU